UUACAGUCCCACUGGCAAGGUUUGAGCGCGCCUGGUGGUGCAGUCCAACCUCAGGUGGUUUAUAAUGACUUCUGAUUAUUUUUAAGACGGUGGGGCUUAAGACGGGACUAAGGGAUCUGCCGUCUGGAGCCCUGCUGGGGUGCUGGGCUCCUAGGGCCUGGAACCAGCUCUCUGCCGACCUCUCCCUGCCAGGCGCUCGGGCUCCAAAUGAGGCUGCCAGCGCGUGCCCGGGGUCCGCCGCGCCUCACACCGCCGGGUUGCCGUGGGAACCGCGGAGCGCGGCUGCGCCAGCGGACCAGCCAGAGUCUGAGGGGGCGAGGGACACUGAGGCCCAAACAUGGAGCUCCCGGAUCCAGUGCGCCAGCGGCUGGGAAACUUCAGCCGAACCGUAUUCAGCGACUCCAGCCGGACCGGGCCGGAGUACAGUGAGGGUCCGGAUAAUGAAAUGGUCUCCAGUUUGGCAUUGCAGAUGUCGCUUUAUUUUAACACUUACUUUUUCCCACUUUGGUGGGUGAGCUGUAUUAUGAUGCUUCACAUGAAGUAUUCAGUUUUGCCUGAUUACUACAAAUUCAUUGUGAUCACUGUUAUCAUCCUAAUAACCUUAAUUGAAGCCAUCCGGUUGUACCUGGGCUACAUGGGAAACCUACAGGAGAAGGUUCCUGAGUUGGCUGGCUUUUGGCUUUUGAGCCUUCUACUACAGUUGCCUUUAAUUCUUUUCUUGCUCUUUAAUGAAGGCCUAACGAAUCUGCCCUUGGAAAAAGCAAUUCAUAUCAUCUUCACUAUCUUCCUUACAUUCCAAGUUAUUUCAGCGUUUCUUACCUUGAGGAAAAUGGUCAAUCAGUUGGCAGUUCGUUUCCAUCUCCAGGACUUUGAUCGGCUGUCUGCAAACAGAGGAGACAAUAGAAGAAUGAGGUCAUGUAUACAAGAGAUUUGAUUCAUUGCUAUUAAGUGAAAAUCUGAAAGAUGAUUUUAGAAGACUACAAGAGUUAGGGGGAAACUCAGAGAUAUAGCAUGAAAAAAGGACAAAGCAAGUUUUUUGAGUUGCGUGCUAUCUAGCUCUGAAACCCCCAGAUUUCGGGGCAGUAAGACCUUGUACAGUACACAAAAGCAGUAUACUGAUCCUAAGACCUAGAUGUGUCCACCUGAUGCUAAAGUUUUGUUGUUGUUGAUUUUUUCAGGUGUGUAGGUAUCUGUCUAUUGUAGUUGUGCUUACCAGUUUUACUGUAAUAUUUCUAGUUAGAAUCUAUAACUAGAAGUGUGUAUGUUUCUAUGUUUCAAUGAUCAAUAUUCAUUGAAGAGCUCCUAUGUAAAUUUGUCAGUUACCCAUAUCUUGGUUGUACAUUUGACCAUGUAUCUUGAAAUGAAAAUGGUAUUAGACUAUAUGUAUAAACCAAGAGACCAAAUCUUCAAGUCGGCUAGGUUAAAUUAAAUUCUAACCCUCAUUUUAGUGUGUUAUAAUGAGAUAAAGAAGAAGACAGGUGGAUUAUCAUGGUAUUUAGGAAAUAUUUUUGUGAUAAAAUUGUAACUUUCAUAAGCUCAUUUUCAGUAUUUGUGAUGAUGGUACACAAAAUGUUUUUACAAUAAAUUAUAAACUAUUUAUGCUAAAGGAUAAGCAACAGAUCA